AUGUCCAAUGGUGUCUUAUACAGUGUACUCACUAAUUGUAAAGCUGAAACUCUCACAUUAGAAGCCAAUUUAUCUUUCUAUUAUUCUAGGACCAGUAAAUCAUGGAGUGAAAAAGAUGGUGUUCCUGUUAUUGAAUCAUCAGUUUACAAUAGAAUAUAUUAUGUAAUUAAAAAUGUCAAUCCUGGUCGAUUUAGAAUUACUAAAGAAGGAUUUGAACCAGAAGAUUUCACAAUUGAACCAAAUAAACAUAUUCUUACAGAAUUCUUAAAUAAGUAUGACAACACUGAUAAAGACACUAAUGGAGCAUUUUUGUCAUAUGGGACAGUAUGUUUUGUAAAAGAGAAACUUUGCGAGAAUGAUGAUGGUAUUCAAUUCAAUGUUAAAAUGCAAUUCAUUGGAUUUAGCCAACAAAGUCUUGAUGACAUUGAUGAUGAUAGAAUUACAAUAGGAUUUACAACAACAAAUUAUCUUCCAAAGAAAUUCUUAAAGAAGAAAAAUCUCAAUUAA